AUGGCGUCAACCGGGGUUCUUGGAAGCAUCUUGGUUGAUUUCUCCACCAAAGGCACCUUUCCAGAGGAAGAAUCGGUAUCCGCAGCCCCCGUGGAAGAAUCGGCUCUACCUGGAGCUUUGGCGGCCUUGAAUACGGCCAAAACUGAAUUGGAGACAGAGAUCCGGAAGCUCAGUAAAGACAGUGCUCCCGAUAUCGAUACUUGGAUCACACACGCGCAGAGCAUUCAAAAUGAUAUCGAGACCUCAAAACAACUUGCCAGCCGUAUUGUUCGGCAGGCAGAAGCGGAUGGUAAACGAGUGGAGGAGCAGGAAGACAACAGGGCAUAUGUGGAGUUUAUGACCAAGGAAGUGGAGUUGAAUGAUCACCUUCGUCAAGCAUUAGAAGAAAUGCAGAGAUUAAACGACCAAUUGGACGAAGCGGAGACACUCGCUUCCGAGAGUAAUAUCAUAGCCGCUCUGAAUAUACUUGGAGAAGCUUUGGAAACCAUCUCGGAAGUUUCUCCUGAGACCACCGUUCGAGCAAUCAAAAUCCUCAACCAGAGGUGUAUUACUCUGAGGCACGCGAUACACGAACAAUUUGAGAUGAUAUGGAAGGCCUUGAUUGUGGUCAAUAUGGAUGACGGUGUCAUUACUAUCAACCAAACAAUCCCUACUGCUCCCAUGACCUUAUCCGAGGCUACAGUUGUUCUGCAGACAUAUAAAGAAGUCGACAAGGCGGCGACACAGCUAUGGCACAAUCUAGAUGAGGCAAUACUCAGGCCCCGAACAGACCUUCGUGCUGCGCCUCUUCCUAAAAUCCAAAUUGAUGGAAAUUGCAUUCGGGCUAGCGAACAGUUUGCCAAUAACAGCAUCAAAGCAUUGUUCAAGGAGCUUGAAAUUGUUAUUCGCUUCCUCAUCGAGAAUCUUACGCCGGAGCUCGUCAAAUCGCUUUCUGAUGUUAUGAUGCCUACUCUCUCAGGCCGGGUUAAAGAACUAUGGCUAGACAACGCUAUCCCAGCAUCUUUAGACGAAAUUGAAAAUUACCAGAAGGCUUUGAUCCAGGUCCAGGAGUUUGCCAACACGCUAGAAGUCCUCGGAUGGCUAGAUUCACAUGGUUUACAUCGUUGGGUCGAGGAUGCUCACAAGAAUUGGCUCAACAAGAAGAGAGAAACGGUUCUCGACUGGACUAGAAAUGAACUUUCAUUAGGGCUUGGAAGUCCCCAUAUCGCCGAACGGGUCCAAAAGAAAAUGGUACCUCGAGAUGAGGGCAUGCAAAUCACCGCGACUGGCAAUGCAGUAGAUGAUACGUGGGAUGCGGCAUGGGAUAGUGAUAAAGAAGACUCUUCACCUGCCGAGGAAGGAAGACCUUCCGAAAUCCUUGCUAGUGGAAUACUUCCUGCGGGUAGCACAGAAAGGAACCGAAGUUCCCUAGACGAAGAACGAAGAAAUUCCUCCAUCACUCACACUUCACCAGAGCCUGAGGACGAAGAUGACCCAACAGAUGCUUGGGGCUGGACAGAUGAAGAUGCUACAGAAGGAGCCGCUGUGGAUACAGACGCAUCUAAGCCAGCCACUACAAAAGAUGCAUUAGCUGCCGCCCAACAGAACCCUAAUCCAGAGCUACGUCAAGUAACCAUAUCGGAGAAGUUCCAAACGUCUUCGAUCCCGCAGGCAAUACUUGAAGCAGUAAUUGGAGUUCUGAAUGACGGAGCAAUUUUAGCACAACCCAAAAACGAGAGCUUACCGAUUUCUCCGGCCGCGCCAGGCCUCUUCAACCUUCCCACCCUUCUUCUUGCCGAGUAUCGUGCACUUUCCCAACUAUAUUACGCCGAGAAUAUGAAUGGUAACAUGUAUCUGUUGAAUGACACUGUAUGGCUGUCCGAUCAGCUACAAGAAUUUGUAGCCCAGUGGAAAGAGCGAGAGGAUAUACCAGAGCGAGCGGUCCGAAUGAUCAAAAUAGACCCCGAGAUCAACAAGCUCAUAAGCUUUGGCAAUCGAGCUUAUACCAAUGAGCUCAUCGCCCAAAGAACAAUCAUCCACGACCUCUUGGCUGGCACUCAGAACUUCUUCCAGCAAGAACAAGAUGAGAUCCAAGACGGCAUCCGCUUCGUCAUACAACAGAUCCGCGAACGCAAUAAAGCCUGGUUCGAUAUUCUACCAUGGUCCUCAUGUGCCUCGGCCACUGGUUCUCUAGUCAACGCUGUCGCAUCCAAGCUCAUAGCCGACAUCUUCGAACUACCAAACAUUGGCGUUGACGAAGCCGAGCACAUCGCCACCAUUAUUUCGAAAGUCGAAGGCCUCGACGAUCUUUUUGUCAAGCCUGGCCAACACGGCGCGAACACUGUUCCCUUGACGGGCCAAUUCGCUGAUAAAUGGUUCAAGCUGAGCUUUUUGAAUCAAGUCCUGCAGAGCAAUCUCGCGGAUAUCAAGUACCUUUGGACGAAGAGCGAGUUGAGCUAUUAUUUUACGGCGGAGGAGGUCAUUGAUUUGAUUGGGCUGAGCUUUGAAAAUAAUGUCAAUGUGCGACAAACAAUCAAGGAGAUCAAAGCUAAUCCGACACCGAGGGAGGGCUUUGAGUGA